CGUCUCCUUAACGCUGCGGCUCCGGAGGCUCCCGAGCUGCAGCGGGACAGAGCCGCGGGGCGCGGGCAGCGCAGAGCGGCGGCGUUAUCGGUGCCGGCGCAGGUGGCAGGAGCCGCGUGCGGUCGGUGCCUCGGCCGCGUCCCCGGCGGGCGGUGACCGCCUCCUUCCUGCCCCGGCGGCGAGGCGAGCGCGGGGGCACAGCUGCGGCAGCCCCGCCAUGUGCCACCGCCCGCGCGAGGCCCCGGGACCCGCCGCCCCCGCGGGGAGCCGGGGGCUGCUCCCACCGCCCGGGGAGGGGGCACCCGGGGAGGGGGCCCCGGGGCUCUGCCUCCAGCCGCUCCUCGGGGCGGUCCCGUGGAGGCUCCGGCGGGAUUGGGGCUGAAUCCUGUCAGCGCGGGGAUGGCUCUUGCCGGGCUCCAGCGGCAGAGUUGGACCCACGGGGGGAAACAGGAGGGGCCCCCCCGGCCCAGGUGCUGGGGGGGGCGGCUCCCCCCGGGGACAUCCGUGUGCCGGCCCACUGUGGCGAGGUGUGUGACGCCAGAAGCGGAGCCGAGCCUCAUAUUUGGGCACGAAGCAGGUUAUUGGAGGCCGUGGCCCUGCAGCUGGGCGAUCCCUCGGCUGAUAAAGGCUCCCCUGGUGCUGCCGCCUGCACCGGCUCCGGCGCUGCCGCUACAUCAUCCCCAGCCUGCGCUGGGGGUGCGGGACGGUGGGAUGGGGCCGGUCCGGGUGCUGGGGCUGCUGCUGUGCCUGCAGCUGUGUGGGGGCUCCGGGCAGCUGCGGCUGGUGGGGGGCGGCGGGCGCUGUGCCGGACGCGUGGAGGUGAAUCACGACGGUGAGUGGGGCUCCGUCUGUGUCUACGACUUUGACUGGCAAGCCCGCUGGGCCACCGUGGUGUGCUGGCAGCUGGGCUGUGGCCGCGUGGCCUGGUCGUCCCCGUACGCCCCGUUCGGGCAGGGCAGCGGCCGGAUCUGGCUCCAGCCCUUCUACUGCGACGGCAUCGAGGAGGUGCUGGAGGAGUGUCCGCACUUCGGAUGGGGCCAGCACCACUGCGGCCACGACCGGGACGUGGGGGUGAUCUGCACAGAGGCCGUGGAGCUGAGGCUGGUGGAUGGCGGCGGUCCCUGUGCCGGGAGGGUGGAGGUGAAGCUGCGGGGACACUGGGGCUCGGUGGUAGAUGACAACUGGGACAUGGAGGACGCCGAGGUGGUGUGCCAGCAGCUGGGCUGUGGCUCGGCUGCCGGCGCCUACUCCUCCCGUGACCGCUUUCGCCCAGGGACCGGGCCCAUCAACCUGGCCCUGGUGGACUGCGAUGGGGACGAGGCCACACUGUGGGAGUGCUGGAUCCGUGGCUGGGGACCCUACAGUGGUCCCCAUGACUAUGACACUGCCGUCAUCUGCCAAGGGUUUUCCCAGCUGGUCGGAGGUGACGGAGCCUGUGCCGGGCGGUUGGAGGUGCGGCAGCGCCAGGCCUGGGUUGGCGUCUGCGCGGAGCACGUGGACAUGAAGGUGGCCCAGGUGGUGUGCCGGGAGCUGGGCUGCGGCGCGGCGCUGGCCAUCCCCGGCAGCGGCCGGUUUGGGGCGGGAACGGGGCCGCUGUGGGAGGGGGGGUUCAACUGCACUGGCACCGAGCCCCUCCUCAGCGCCUGCGCCCGGCGGGUGCCCCACAGCCAGGGCUGCGCUGGCCACGCCACCAUCAUCUGCUCCCCCUACACGGGCUUCCGGCUGGGGAACAGCAGCUCGGGCUGUGCCGGGCGGGUGGAGGUGGCGGUGAGGGGCACGUGGGGGUCCGUCUGCGCCACCGACUGGGACCUGCCCGAUGCCGACGUCCUGUGCCGCCACCUGGGCUGUGGCCACGCCGUCACCGUGCCCCCGGGAGGCUCCUUCGGCAGCGGGGACGGGCCGCUGAGGCCGGACGCCUUCGGCUGCAGCGGGAGCGAGCGGCACCCGGGCGAGUGCCCCGUGGCGGUGCUGGGGGAGCCCCCCUGCACCCCGGGGAACGCCGCCGCCGUCAACUGCUCAGGCACUGAAGGCACCAUCAAUUCCGUGCGGCUGGUGGAGGGUGAGAGCCGGUGUGACGGGCAGCUGGAGGAGGCCAUAACCACCCCAGCCUGGCGCCGUGUGCCUGUGGAGCAGUGGAAGAGAUGGGAUGUCGACAUGGUGUGUGCUGUGCUGGGUUGUGGCCUUCCAAAGGAGAACUACACAGCCUUGGGAAUGGCCCCCACUGCACUGACCAGCAGCUCCAGGGAGGUGGAUGUCGUGACGGAGGAGACAGAUGUCGUGACGGAGGAGAUGUACGACAUCUCGGGGAUGGGCCCUGAGCUGUCCAGGAGCCUCAAGGAGAUGGAGGACAUGCCAGAGAAGAUCUCUGAUGUCUUAGAAAUGGGCCCUGCACCAACCAGCAGCCCUGAGGAGAUGGUCAUCGUCUGCUCAGGCAGCCGGCGGGUGAGGCUGGCGGGCGGUGCCGGGCGCUGCGCCGGGCGCGUGGAGGUCUAUGCCGGUGGCACCUGGAGCAGCGUGUGCCAGGAGCGCUGGGACCUGCGGGCCGCCGCCGUUGUGUGCCGGGAGCUGGGCUGUGGCGCGGCACUGGAGGCCCCCGGCUCGGCGCGCUUCGGCCCCGGCGCGGGGACAGCGUGGCCGUACGUGGUUGAGUGCGCCGGGAGCGAGGAGUCUCUCUGGGAAUGCCCACGCUCGGAAGGGCGCGAGUGCGAGCGCGGGGCCGGGGCCGGGGCCGUCUGCUCAGAGCAGCUCUCCCUGCGGCUGGCGGGCGGGCGCGGGCGCUGCAGCGGGUACCUGGAGCUGCUCCACAACGGCACCUGGGGCCGCGUGUGCGCCAUCGGCACCAGCCCCGGCACCGCCGCCGCCGUCUGCCGGCAGCUGGGCUGUGGGGACGGGGGGCAGCUGGCACCCGUACCCGCCCAGCAGCCGGCCCCCGCCUGGCUGGCCUGGGUGGGCUGCGAGGAGGGGGCCCGCUCGCUCUGGGAGUGCCCCUCGGCACCCUGGCACCUGCAUUCCUGCGGCCCCGGAGGGGACACCUACGUGGCUUGUGCGGAGGACAGUGACAACCCCAGCGAGACAGCCAGCACCCCGUGCCCGGACGGGGCCACCUGCACAGCUGUCCCCAGCAGCAGCGGCCCUGCGGUGGCCAGGGGGACUGUGCCGGUGCCAAGCGGGCAGGUGGCCAGGGGGACUGUGCCGGUGGCGGUGGUGCUGUGCGUGGUCCUGGGGACGCUGCUGUGCCUGGCCCUGGGCGCCCUGGCCGUGCUGAUGUGCCGUGCCCGCGCUUGGCGCCGAGGUGGGUCCCGGCGGGUGGGUGCCGGGGCAGAGCCGCUUUGGGGGUUCAGGGGCUCCCCCCGUGUGGAACGGCUCGGAGGGUGGGCAGUGGGUGACCCCGGUGCCACCCACGGUGCCCACGGCCCUGGGAGAGCGCUGCCUCUUGUGGCAGGCCCCGGCAGAGCCGUGGGUGCCAUUCCCGACGCCAUCUACGAGGAGCUGGACUACAGCGCGAUGCCGGAGUACCAGGAGGUGCCCAGUCGCCCAGGUUCCCCGCAGGAGGGCUCAGUGAAGAAGCUGCUGUAUUACACCGGGGACAGCGUGGAGGGGAGUGACAGCGGGGCAGCCCCAGGUAGGGGCACAGGGCAGGAACCCAGCGGGGAGCGCUGGGGACAGGGGACACGGCAGGGCUGGGGAGCUGAGGGGACACGUCCCCCCUCGUUAGUGGGCAGAGAAGCAUCGCCCUUCCCUGAGGGACCAAGGGCCACCAACACAUCCCUGGUGGCACAGCAAGAGCGGGAUGGCACAGCCAGAGGGCGAUGGCACAUCCGGAGGGGGAUGGCACAGCCAGUCCCUGCCAUGGCCACUGGGUCAGUGCCAUGUACCCCCGUGCCAGUCCCAGCUCCCCAUGCCCUGCCCGAGCACGGAACCCUGGAUGGCUACGAUGAUGCCACAGCUGGAACCCCGGAUGGCUACGACGAUGCCAUGGUUGGAACCCCAGAUGGCUAUGACGAUGCCACGGCCGUGCCAGAGGAGUCCCCCACUCCCAGCACUGGGGACAUCUCCGAAGGGGUGGCACAGAGAGGCUGGAUCUGUGUCCCACCCACAGGUGGGAGCUGCCCCCCUCCAAGUCCCCCCGGAGCCACAAGGGACCCCCCGGGACAGCCCCCGGGGCACAUGGACUGUGAUGAUGUCGGCACCGGCACCCCGGGGAUGUCGCAGUGAGGAUGUCCCGGCCACGUCCCAUCCCUGGGGACACGUGUGCAGGGUGGGGGGGCUGUGUCAUCAUCUCUGAUAAUGUCA